AUGGAGGCUGCUUUGGUCGCACUUCAGUUUCGCUCCACCAAAUUUUGUAGACCAGCUGCUGAGGCUGUUGGGCCGCAGCAGGGUAUCGGCAGGCCCAGCGUCUAUCAUGCGGUGGUGGUCAUUUUCCUGGAGUUCUUCGCCUGGGGCUUGCUCACCACGCCCAUGCUCACGGUAUUACAUGAGACUUUCCCCCAGCACACGUUCCUGAUGAACGGCCUCAUCCAGGGUGUGAAGGGUCUGCUGUCGUUCAUGUCGGCUCCUCUUAUCGGGGCUUUAUCGGACGUAUGGGGCAGACGGACCUUCCUCCUGAUCACCGUCUUCUUCACCUGCGCUCCCAUCCCUCUGAUGAGGCUCAGCCCCUGGUGGUACUUUGCCAUGAUCUCCAUGUCUGGGGCUUUCUCGGUCACCUUCUCAGUCAUCUUUGCCUAUGUUGCUGAUGUCACAGAUGAGAGGGAGAGAAGCACGGCCUACGGUCUGGUGUCGGCCACCUUCGCGGCCAGCCUGGUGACCAGUCCGGCCAUCGGGGCGUACCUGUCAGCCUGGUACGGCGACAACCUGGUGGUUCUGCUGGCCACCCUCAUCGCCCUGGCCGACAUCUGCUUCAUCCUGCUGGCCGUUCCCGAGUCGCUGCCCGACAAGAUGCGGCUCAACACGUGGGGAAUGCCCAUCUCCUGGGAGCAGGCCGACCCCUUCGCUUCUCUGAAGAAGGUGGGGCAGGAUUCCACAGUUUUACUGAUCUGCAUCACCGUGUUCCUGUCUUACCUGCCCGAGGCCGGACAAUACUCCAGCUUCUUCCUCUACCUAAGACAGGUCCAAAACUUCUCCUCCACAACCCUAGCUGUGUUCAUAGGAGUGGUGGGCAUCCUCUCCAUCGUUGCACAGACGCUCUUCCUCACUCUGCUGAUGAGGACUCUGGGGAAUAAAAACACUGUCCUGUUGGGUUUGGCCUUCCAGAUCCUCCAGCUGGCCUGGUAUGGCUUUGGAUCCGAGCCAUGGAUGAUGUGGGCGGCCGGCGCUGUUGCAGCGAUGUCCUCCAUCACCUUCCCAGCAGUCUCUGCUUUGGUGUCGCAUUCGGCAGAUCCAGAUAAACAAGGUGUCGUCCAGGGGAUGAUCACCGGCAUCAGGGGCCUGUGCAACGGUCUGGGUCCAGCUCUGUACGGAUUCGUCUUCUUCCUCUUCAAUGUGGAACUCAACACCAUGGACCCCAUCCAGGGAGACUUCGACAUCGACCCCCUGCCCAUGCACAGUCCCACAGAGCGCGCGCUCAUCCCCGGGCCGCCCUUCCUGCUGGGCUCCUGCACCGUCUUCAUCGCCUUCCUGGUUGCCCUCUUCAUCCCCGAGAAAACCCCCUGUUCCUCCUCCUCCGAGCUCUCCCUCAGCGACAAGCCCAACCCGGAGAGCAAAGAGUCCAUGUCCUCGCUGGCGGGCGUGCACAUCAACACCCCCCUGCCGGGCAGCGACGAGGAGAGCCCCCCCAACACCAGCGACGAGGACUUCGAGCCCCUGCUGCACGACAGCAUCGUCUGA